ACAGUAGUGAUGAAUUUGAGGAACCUUUUCAGCGUUACCCUUCUAAUGUUGCUGAAAUGUACCAUUUUGAUAAGCACUGAAUCGUCAGUAGAACUGAAGAAUGCGCAUCUUCUAUCCCCAGGAGAUUAUGCUCAUAUAAUCAAUUUGAGAUGGCAAGAUGGUUUUCUGAGUAACUGUUAUGAAAUCUUUCAGCAGUCAGAGGGCAAGGCUAAAGAUGGUCUGUAUGUCAUCCAAUUGAUGAAGGGUCUUAUAGUUGUUUUCUGUGACAUGCAAAGCGCAGAAGGUGGAUGGACAAUAAUCCAGCACAUCACUGUUAACAGCUCCUUGGACUUCGAUAGAACAUGGCAGGACUACAAGCAAGGAUUUGGCUAUGUUAAUGGUGAUCACUGGUUGGGCAAUGAGUUCAUGCAUAGAAUCACAAGUAAACCGAAUGAAUAUAAGUUGGGAAUUAAACUAAUCAACAUGAAUGGUGAUAUGAAGUGGGGAGAAUAUGACCCCUUUCUCAUUGAAAAUGAAGAAUCUAGAUAUAAAAUUAGACUUGGUCUUUAUCAUGGAACUGCAACUGAUGCUUUGACAAAAGAUACAGAGGCUUAUGUUCAUGACAACCAAAAAUUCACCACAAAGGAUAGUGAUAAUGACAACUAUUCUCAGAACUGUGCCAAAUUGGAACUUAAUGGGAUCCCAGGUGGUGGAUGGUGGUAUAAUGCCUGUGCUGGAGCUAAUCUGAACAGAAGAAAUGUUAUUUAUUGGCAAAAUGAUUGUAAUAAAGAAAAUAUGUGCAAGUAUGCAUGGAUGAUGAUAAAACCUAAUAGUAAGGUAACCAAAUGCCACAAAAUCUUACGUGAUGAGUUAUAAUAAUGGCGCAAAAAGAACUGGAAAUAAAUCUAAUAGUUUAUUUGUAAGUUCAAAUAUUUCUUUAAAUUUUUAUGCUUAUAUACGUUCUGGACUUAUUUACCAGAAAGUGCAGUUACAGGAACAUAUCUGACGCAAAUGAACAAAUUUGUUAUUUGUUGUACUACUUGGUACAGUCUGCAUGAACAAAAUGUUAUGUGGAAAAAUUGUUAAAUACUCGAGUCAUGAUUAAUGUUGGGUGUCUCAGUUGUUUGGAAUGCCAAUAUUUCCCUUUGAGAUUUGUGCCCAAAUCUCUUCCAGAUGGAAGUAAGAUAUUUUUGGUAUGAUGGGUGUUAAUGCUUGAAAUUUAAUUAUAAUGUAGAAAUAUUCAAAAUUUGCCAUCGUGCUGUCAUUUGUUCAGUGAAUGAAAUAUCUGAGAAAAUGUAUUCAGACUGUCUUUGGGCUGGUGUAUGAAGCUGAAUAAAUAGAUCUUAUCUGCAGAUUAAUCGAGUAUACAUUAUUGAUGCUGGGUUCAAGGAGAAUAUCUCUUGUCAGGACAAAUAAUCUGCCAACUAAAAAAAUCUGAUCAAGAAACCCACUGACAAUGUGAGGUGUAGAUAAAGCAAAUCAAAACAAUAAAUUCAAGAUGGCCUAUAUAAUAUCAUAUGGACCCUUUGUCCUCUUUA